AUGACGGGAACACUGUGGUAUACUCUGGGGAUUUCGGCCUUUGUGGCCAUCGGCACGUUUGUGUUUGGUUUUGAUACUGGCAUUGCUACAACGACAAUCGCACACCAAAGUUGGAUUGACUAUAUGGACCAUCCGUCCAAGGGGCUAACUGGUGCUGUUGUUUCUGUCUAUAUCGCUGGCGAGGCGGGCGGAGCCUUGACACAAACCUUUAUUGGCGAUGCACUCGGUCGCAUCCGCUUUUUGCAGUUGAUGUCGGUGAUUGUCACCAUCGGCACUGUGAUCCAGACUGCUUCUGUCAACAUUGGAAUGUUCCUAGCUGGUCGCGUCCUAGCAGGAUAUGCUGUCGGAGGUAUGGUCGCCACGGUCCCCAUCUAUCUCUCUGAAAUUGCCGCCCCCAACGUCCGCGGUCUCAUUGGAGGCAUCUCCGGGUGUGGGAUAUCCCUUGGUACGAUGGCCUCCAACUGGGUCGGAUUCGCAUGCAGCUAUGCUCCGUACGGCCCCGUGCAAUGGCGCCUCCCGCUGGGUAUCCAGAUCCCUUUUGGUAUUUUGUUGUUCGCAGGUCUAGCGACCUUCAUGCCCAACUCUCCUCGCCAAUUGAUCCGGAACGGCAAAAUCGACGAGGCACGUCGCGAGUUCAUGAGGAUCAGGAAAGAUCUCACCAACCACGAGGUGCACGAGGAGUUUGUGCUCAUGAGGCGCCAGAUUGAGUUUGAACAGCAGAGAGAGGUCAAGAGUUUGCGCGAGGUGUUUAAGCUCUUCAGGCACAGAGCACUCACAUCAAUUGCGGUACAGACCAUGACAAGUCUGACCGGUGUCAAUGUCAUUCAGUCCCUCUCACUAGCAAUCCUGUUCAAAUCGCUCGGGAUCAACAGCCAUAUGAUUCUGGCACUGGCCUCCAUCUACGGCUCGCUCGCCUUCACCUCGAAUGUCCUCACCACGGUUUUUAUGAAUGAUCAAUGGGGUCGCCGAAAGAUGAUCCUCGCCGGACUGUCCAGCAUAGUAGUGAUCGAGAUAUACGCCGCCGUCAUGCAGCGUGAGUUUCAAAACACAGACAACAAGGUCGGCAAGGGAUUCGCCGUUCUGGGGAUCUACUUGUUCGUGGUGUCUUACUAUGGCUUCAUCAAUUCUGUGACGUGGCUGUACGGCGCCGAGGUGCUUCCUGUCAACCUGCGGUCGAAAGUCAUGGGUCUGGCGGCGGCGUCCCAUUUUAUCGUCAAUGUCGGGAUAACUGAGGCUGGACCUUCUGCCUUUGCCAAUAUCAAAGAGAACUACUACUACGUCUUUGUCGGCUGUUCCUUUUUCUUCCUCAUCGUGGCAUAUUUCUACUUCCCAGAAACAAAGAAGAAGACACUCGAAGAGAUCGCCGCCGCCUUUGGGGACAAGGUCGUGCUGCUCACCGAGAACGAUCUCGCGGUCGAGACUGCGGUUAUGGAGGACAAGGGCGGUGCUGUCCAAGUGGAGAGCGCCUCCACGGCGACGGCCAAGGUCUAG